AUGGCAACAGGUGGCGAGUUCAAGCGUCUCGUGCUCAAGCAGUUCCCGUCUACGAAUGAGGUGGAGACCGUAGAGACGACGUACUGGAAGAAGUUCCACACCCCUCAGGAGCUCCAGCAAGUGGGGGCAGUCACGCACAUUGACGUGUCGCCCGUGACGCCGCAUCAAGUGGCCAUCACGUCGUCCACGCGCAUCCACUUGUACAGCACGACGACCAACGAGAUCGUCAAGACGUUCAGCCGCUUCCGUGACGUCGUGUACUCGGGCACGUUCCGCUCGGACGGCAAGUUGCUCGUGGCCGGAGGCGAAGCGCCUUUUGUGCAGGUCCUGGACACGAGUACACGUGCGAUUCUGCGGUCGUUCAAAGGCCAUUCGGCCGCGAUCCGCAGCACGCGAUUCGCACUCGACAAUGUGCACGUGCUUUCGUGCUCGGACGACAAGACUGCUCGGUAUUGGGACCUGCCGACGGGGAAACCGCUGGCGCUGCUGGCGGAGCACACGGACUAUGUGCGCUCGUCGGCGGCGAGUCCGUCCAUGCACAGUGUCUGGGCUACUGGCUCGUACGACCACACGGUGAAGCUCUGGGACCUGCGCACGUCGGACCAGACCGUGUCCAAGAGCACGACGUGUCUCGACCACGGGGCGCCCGUUGAGACGUGCAUGAUCAUGCCAGGAGGAAGCUUACUGCUCUCGGCUGGUGGCAACACGAUCAAAGUGUGGGAUAUCCUCAGCGGCGGUCGUCUGCUGCAUUCGUUCUCGAGCCACCAGAAGACCAUCACGAGCUUGGGCCUCGAUGGCACUGGCACGCGGUUGAUGUCGGGAUCGCUCGAUGGCCACUUGAAGAUCUACGACUUGAAGACGUAUGAGCUGUCGCAUGGAUUCAAGUACAACAGCGGCGUACUGACCUUUGGCAUGUCCCCUACAAACGGCCACCUCUUUGCUGGUACCGUCGACGGCAUCUUGUCGGUGCGUCGACGGACGCCCAAGAGAACCGAACUGAACGAAAGCCGGACUCGUCAAGCCAUCAUUCGCGGCGGGACGUACAAGUACUUUUUGCGCGGCAAGAACGCGAAACCAGCAGCUGCAGACUUCAUGGUGGCCACUGCACGUCAUAAGCGUAUCCAGCCGUAUGACCAGGCGCUGCGAAAGUUUGACUACAAGAAAGCGCUGAACGAAGCUCUGGACACGCGCUCGCCGAUCAUUGUUGCGAGCAUGCUGGAGGAACUGCGUCUGCGUGUUGGCCUCAAACGUGCACUGGGCAAUCGCGACGAGGAGUCGCUCGAGCCGCUGCUGGCGUUCCUCAUCAAAUACGUGACGGACCCCAAGUACGCCUUGCUCCUGGUCCAUGUCUGCACGAUCGUGUGUGACCUGUAUGCGCCGAAGCUCAGCCAGUCCAUGCUCAUCGACAGCUUGUUCAUCAAACUGCACGAGAAGCUGAACGAGGAGCUGCGCGACCAGAGGCAGGUAUUGGGUGUUGUGGGCAUGAUGGACUCGCUCAUGGCUGCCCAGACCAACGGCGCUGUGGGUGUAGAAGACAGCAAGUAG